AGGUUUUUAAUAAACCCCGGCCUUUAAUUGUGCAUCGGUUGGAUAAAGAUACGAGUGGUGUGUUUCUUAUGGCUUUAAGUCGAGAGGCGAAAGAAUAUUGGGCUCUUGUUGCGGAUAUUCCUAAAAAAUCUUCUGGAAAAAUCAGUUUCUCUUUGGAGAAAGCUAAAACAGAUCGGGGAGAGAGAAUCAUCGUCGAUCCGCAAGGGAAAGAAGCUUUGAGCCAUUAUAAAAUUGUUCAAAGGUUGCCAGAAGUGAAAGUGUCGUGGUUAUCCCUUAUGCCAAUUACAGGUCGUAUGCAUCAAUUACGUGUUCAUUGUGCUGCUUCAGGUUUUCCAAUUAUUGGAGAUUGGAAAUAUGGUGGAGAGAAAGCACAACCCUUUUCUGAAAAAAACGUUUGCAUCUUCACAGUUAUCGUUUGUCUUUUAUGGAUCUUCAGGGAAAAAAUAGACAGUAUUGCGUGCCGCUUUCAGAACACAUGGCUAAAACAUGGGAAUUUUUAG